AAAUCUGACAUACUAAGGCUAAAAUAAUUACAAGAUUAGCAGAACUAUAAUUUCCCUUUACUUUGGCUCCCCCAAAAAAAAUCCAGCCCCCCUGUUUUUGAAAGCUGGCGUCGCCUCUGCUUCUGUGGCUUAGGAAAUCACAUUUUCAAAAAAGUUAAUUGCAACCUUGACAAGAGACAACCUCUUUCUUCACGAUAAAAUAUAAUGCAAUGACAUUCUCUUGAAUUAUUGAUUUCAAACAUGAGUCACACUGUAUCGUUGGAUUCAUUGGUCAUCAGGUACUUGCUUUGAAACUGGAGGAGGAGAUAAUUUUGCGUGGUUGUUUGUUAUCAUUCUAAUGAAAAAUUUUCUGUGAUCGAAAAGCUGAUUGUCAGUGUCAACUCAUGCCAGAUGUCAUUUAUUUAGUCAGUCGGGUUGGGUUGUUGAUUAUUGUAUAAAAUUUCAACCAAAUAUCCAGUGUCCUUUUUCCGAACUUUUUUGUACAAAAGACAAGAUGUUAGCCCUUAUGAAUAGAUUAUUGGAUUGGUUCAGAAGCCUUUUCUGGAAAGAAGAAAUGGAAUUAACGCUUGUUGGUUUACAGUACUCUGGAAAAACGACGUUUGUGAAUGUUAUUGCUUCAGGUCAAUUCAGUGAAGAUAUGAUUCCUACUGUGGGUUUCAACAUGAGGAAAAUUACUAAAGGAAAUGUAACUAUCAAAGUUUGGGACAUAGGUGGACAACCUAGAUUCAGAUCAAUGUGGGAAAGAUACUGCAGAGGUGUAAAUGCUAUAGUAUAUAUGGUUGAUGCUGCAGAUCCUGAUAAAAUUGAAGCAUCACGAAAUGAACUUCAUAGUUUAUUGGAUAAACCUCAAUUAGCUGGUAUUCCUGUGUUAGUUUUAGGUAAUAAGAGGGAUAAACCGAAUGCAUUAGACGAAAAUGGCCUUAUAGAACGAAUGAACUUGUCUGCCAUACAAGAUCGUGAAAUUUGCUGCUACUCUAUCUCUUGUAAAGAAAAGGAUAAUAUAGAUAUCACUCUUCAAUGGCUUAUUGCACAUUCCAAAUCUGCAAACAUUUCAAAGGCUGUGUAUGUUCAUGAGUGCUUACUUUCCAUUGUUAGGGUGAAUUGAAAAAAAUGUGAUUACUUCGAUAAUAUCUACUAAAUUUCUAUGGUGUAUUUCAAAGUGAAUGUGGACCACUAGCUUGUCAGUUUUGGAGUGUGAGAGCAAUAGUAGUUGAAGUGAUACUUAUUUUUACCUGCUUAUAUUUUUUAGCUUUACAAAGAAGACACAGCAACAGCAUUUCUGAUUAUUUUUCAAAAAUUAUUGUGCCCCUAAGAGAGUGGUGACAUUUGAAAUACAUUCAUUCGGCUGAUUAUGAUAAAUACAUUGAAUAACAACCCGAAUGACUUUUUGUACUCCCCAUUUAGGUCUUGCCAUUUUUUUUCUAUUCUGACUUUCCACUCAACGAAUCAAUUGUUUUGAGUGAAAGUUUUUAAAAAUUGUCCUGAAUUCAAAUACUCAUUUUUAAAAUAUCGGGAGAGGAUCCAGACAGUAAUUGUAUGAAUGCCAUAUUCUCCAAGACCAAAAUGGCUUAAUUAUCAACAAGAUAGUUGAAUGUCAACCCAUGACUGAUACUUGUGAUCUUAAGGAUUAACAGAAGUUCAAACCAGUUUUGAAAUAAAAAUUAAUCAAAUUUUCCUAGUUCUAAUCACUUGCUGAAUUAUAAAAUGAUAGUUAUUGAAUAAGUUGUAUAUUGUAGAAUAAGGUGAAGUUUAUUACAAUAUGAAUAUCUUUUGUUUUUAAUUUUGUUAUGAUUUGAUAAUAUUUAUCUGCAGGCUAGUAGCCAAUAAACUUUUUUAUACAAAUUUCUUUUUAUGUUUUUUCCAAAAGUUAUUGAUAGUAUUUUUUCCCUUAAGGUUCAUAUCCACCAAAAACUUCUCUUUUACCAUAUUUAUGAGUUAUGACGAUAUGAUUGGCAGUCUUGUGCAUUAUUUUUUAUCUCAAUAGAGAGGAUCCACAAAUUUGAAAAUGAAAUAAACUUUACUAGUGAAUUGUUGGAUAUGACCCUUUUGUUUAUAUAACUUUGAUAAUGUUUAGCACUUUAUCGUCAAUAAGAAACUCUUAAGUCGAUAAGAUUCUAACAUUAUAUUUGAGUAGAAAUUAGGAACUGCAAAAAUAGUUUUUAAUGUUUCAAAAUGAGUAUGAACUACUGUUUGAAAAUAAUUGAUUCGACUGCUAACAUUAACACUUUUGAAGCAGUUCUUCAAAAAUAAUAGAUUUGUGAUGGUCUAAGUAAUGUAAUGAUUAUCGAACAAUUUAAAUUUACUUUAAAUGAUUUAUUUCUAGAUCUGAAUAUAAAUAAAGAGAACAAAUAUUA